AUGGCGGACAGUGAAGAUUUGGCGCUGGACUUAGAGGAAUUGAAGCGUCUCCAAAGCAUCGCUAAGAGACCGCGCGUUGCAUCUCUGAUUUCCUCCGAGAUUCGCAACCUGGAAAAGCUUUCAAAAGAGGUUCUUUCGGCACCAACCAACAGCACACCAAAUCCAGUAUCAACAUCACUAAAACCAUUGUUGAGCUAUACUACUCUUAGCUCCUUCAGCUGGGAUCAAGAUACCGAUCAUCUGAAGAUUUAUGUAUCACUUGAAGGGGUUGAUCGGGAAAAGAUUGAGGCUGAAUUCAAGCCCAUGUCGUUCGAUAUCAAAUUUCACGAUGUCCAAGGAAAGAAUUACAGGUGUGCUGUGCCUAAGCUGAACAAAGAGAUUGUGCCGGAGAAAUGCAAGUUCAUUGUGAAGCCUAAGAGAGUGGUAAUCACUCUAAUCAAAGCUUCUAAAGGGAACUGGUUGGAUUUGCACUUCAAAGAAGACAAGUUGAAGCCGAAUUUAGAUAAAGAGCGGGAUCCAAUGGCUGGAAUAAUGGACCUGAUGAAGAACAUGUAUGAAGAAGGUGAUGAAGAUAUGAAAAGAACAAUUGCCAAAGCGUGGACCGAUGCACGAUCUGGAAAGAAAACAGAUCCUUUGCAGGAUCUGUGA